GGAGAGAGCCGUGGGGGGAGAAGAGUGGGCCAGGUCGGGCAGGAUUUUUAAUUGCACGCCCGCAGCAGCGUGCCAUUAAAAAUUGGCUCGCGUGCCGUCUUUGGCACACGUGCUGUAGGUUGAGGACCCCUGUCCUAGGGGAAGAAAUGUGUGGAGGAGGGAAUAGGACCCACUGACACGUCAGCCAAGGUCAUGGGGAGGGCAAAGCUCUGGAGCCAGUGCCAGGCCUCCCACCGCAAGUCCUUGCGAAAGCCAGCAGUUUGAUCCCAGCCCUCGCUCCUCUGCGGGGAAAGUCUGGGAGUUAUUAGGAGGGAGGAGGCUGUGACAAGCCAGCAGGAAUUAGCUUUGGAAAGUUGACAGCACUCGGCUCCCCUGGGGGCAGCAGGAAUCCACCCUCCGUCUCUCCCAGCUUCCCCAUCCCUCGGGGGCUGCCCGGGCUUCCACUGAGAUUUCACUCUCCCAAUUUGAGGAGCAGGGCCCCCAGGAGCUCUCCCGAGGCCUCAAGGUCUAGAGGCCAGCCAUUGGCAGGCAGGCUCAACAUGGUGGCCGCCACGUUCCUACUGCCCUGGGCGUGCAUGCUGAGCCUGGCUCCGGUGGCUCAAAGCACGGCAGGUGGGGGCCCUGUUCUCUGGGACCGCCCCUUCGUCACGGUGUGGAACGCCCCAAGCCAGGAGUGCGGCACGAAAUACCAUGUGCCCCUUGACCUGGGGGUCUUCGAUGUGGUGCUGAACCGCAACGAGUCCUUCCUGGGCCAGGAGAUCGCCCUCUUCUACAGCAACACGCUGGGCCUCUAUCCACACUACACCCCGGAAGGGACAGCGGCCCACGGGGGCGUCCCCCAGAACGGCAGCCUCCAGGCCCACCUCGGGAAGGCGCGGCAUGACAUCCAGGCGGCUAUCUUGGAGCCAGGCUUCCGGGGCCUGGCGGUGAUCGACUGGGAGAGCUGGCGCCCCGUGUGGGCUCGGAACUGGGAUGCCAUGGAGCUCUACAAGGAGAAGUCCCAGGAGCUGGUCCGGGAGCAGCACCCCGACUGGCCCCCAGACAGGGUGGCUGAGGAAGCUGAGGAGGAAUUCGAGCAAAGCGCCCGGGCCUUCAUGGAGCAGACCCUGGCGCUUGGCAAGAGCCUGCGGCCUGGGGGCUUCUGGGGUUUCUACGGCUUCCCCAGCUGCUAUAACUAUGAUUUCAAAGCUGCCAACUACACAGGGGAGUGUCCCGCCGUGGAGCAGCAGCGGAAUGAGCAGCUCAGCUGGCUCUGGAACCAAAGCCGGGCGCUCUACCCCAGCAUCUACCUGCCCAAGGAGCUCCGGCUGACAGACCAGGUUGACAAGUUCGUCCGGCACCGUGUGGCCGAGGCAUUUCGGGUGCAGGGGCAGACGGGGACCGGCAGCCUCUCAGUCCUACCUUACACCCGCAUCCAGUACGACUUCACGGAGGACUUCCUCUCGCAGGAGGACUUGGUCCAUACCAUUGGGGAAAGUGCUUCUCAAGGUGCCUCAGGGGUUGUGCUGUGGGGCAGCGAGGAUUACAGUCACUCACGGGAAUCCUGCCUGGCACUGAAGGAGUACGUGGACAGGAACCUGGGCCACUACAUCGUGAACGUGACCAGCAGCGCCACACUGUGCAGUCUCACGGUGUGCUCCAGCCAUGGGCGCUGCGUACGGCGGGCUGGGUACCCCGAUGCCUUCCUGCACCUCAGCCCCUCCAGCUUCACUGUCCGGAGGCACCGCAGCUGGCCCCACCUCCGCCUGCAGGGACAGCUGGCAAAGCAGGAGCAAGCCAAGCUGGUGGAAGAAUUCAGCUGCCAGUGCUAUGCUGGCUGGGCAGGGACCCGGUGUGAACGUGAGGGCAACCGAGAGUGAGAGCCUCAGCGGAGACACCCCUGUAUGCACCCCACAUGGCCCCAUACAUCCCAUGUGGCCCCAUACAGCCCACCCUUGACAUACCCACAGCCCACAUGUACACCCCUACAUGGCCCCAUACACCCCACCCCUGACACACCCACACCCCACAUAUACACCCCCAUAUGGGCCCACACACCUUAUGUAGCCCCAUACAGCCAACCCCUGAAACCCCCCCACACACAUGGCUCCCAUGCACUCUACCCCAAAAUGCCCCUCUCCCCCCCCAUGGCCCCAUUACACCCACAUGGCCAUGUCACCCUGAAACACGCUCAAACACCAAUAUGGAUACAGUCUGGGAUGCAGUUAAUUCCUUUCUGUCAUGUACCCCUCACAUAGUGUAACUCUGUGCUUCAUGACAGGAAACAUGCAUGAUAUGUGGAACCCCAUCAUAAACCGACAUGUAAGUGUCAGAUCUGUCCUAUGCUAAAACCACCUCACAGGGAGGUGUGUACCAUGUAUAGAGAUCUCUGUCAUGUCCACAACGGAGAGAGUCAUAGCCCAAAAUGUGUGCUGUAACUAGCAGCAUGCAAGGGCUACUGCGGUGUAAGCCUCCUGCACUGAACCAUUCAGUGUGGCUGUUAAACAACCCCUGCCCCAUGGGCCCAUGCACCCUACGUGGCCCGAUACACCCCACCCCUGGAACACACCAUACGUAUACACAGCGCCAGGCAGGGUAGCAAAGUGCAAUUCAAAAUGAUGCACAGCACCUGGCUGAAGCGAUCAUUCCAAAAUAAAAAUAAAUCACAGACUAGAACCAUGCAAAGAAUUCACAUGCCACCCUCAAGAGCCAAUCAAAUGGCUUUUUGUUUGCACAAGUGUAAGUGUGUGAUGGCCCCCUCUUGGCUGAUACCCUGGGAACUGAACAGGAGACCUCCAGAUCUAACCACAUGAACAACUGCAAGCUUGAGCUGAAGAGUCCAGGUGUCUUAGCAGGGCCUGUGAACUGAAUGACCCAUCCCAGCUGUGGAUGUACUCCAGGACUUGAUUUGAACCUGCAGCUUAUAACAUCACUGCUACAAGCCUGAACUGAGAACUUUGCCAUUACUGUAUGUAAUUGAUUCCAUUUAACCAGUUCUAGCUCUCAUCCAUAUGUCUUUCUUUUUAUGAAUAAACCUUUAGAUUCUAA